UAACAGACACUCCUAACAGGCGGCAGACGAGCCGGCUCUCCCUCCCCAUUCACUGCAGUGUGGCUGUGCUGUUCACUCCAAAGGGACAAUACUCUCAAACAGGUCUGAAGGAGAACUGAGUCUAUACUAGAGAGAAGCAAACUGCAAACUUGGGACUUGCAGCAACCAUCUACUUCAACAGCCCUUAUCAGUUGCUAGAUAGUGAAGUGGUUUUCAUUGGGACCUAAAGGAUCUAGAUCAUCCAGAAAGACUUGCUUGACCAUGGUGCUGUGUGAGGACAGCGAGUGCAGCGUCUGCUUCUCGCCCUACUCACGGAUGGACAGGAUCCCCCGGGUGCUCCACUGCAGGCACACCUUCUGCGAGCCGUGCCUGGAGACUAUGUCGCAGGCCAGGAGCGGGCUUGUCACCGUGGGCUGCCCUUUGUGUCGUCGGGUCACCUGCAUAGGACGCGGCCUCAGCCUGCAGGAAGCUCUGUGGGUCAACAGCAGGCUGUGGGAGAUGAUACCAGAGGACGAGGAGGCAGAGGAGGAAGAGGAAGAUGCACUGAAACAAGAAGCUGAGGAGGAGAGGAUGGAGACUAAACAACAAUCCUCCUUACAAGCAGAAUGUGUUUCCUCCAGGUCCGCCAGAACAAAGCUCAAAUUGCCCUCAUUCUUCAGAAGGUUCAGUUUGACAAAGCAACACCAAGAGACGAUUGUGCCGGGCAGUAAUGUGGAAAUGAAAUCCUGGCGCAGGCUUUCAACUGAGGAGACUAUUUAAGACGGAUCAAGGACGAUAUGACAAGUGACAGCUCCUCUCAGGAUGUUACUCUGGGAUGGCAGGCGCCACUAGAAUACUGGACUCCACCCGAUCAGUGGAGGGAAAGUUGAGGCCGUUUGAAUCCAUUUGUGUUCCUGUCAAGACAUUGUUUUGUCCUCAGCCAAAGAUGCCCUGUCGCCCCAUUAUUUAUUCUAGGCUUAAUUCUCCCAGCUGGUGCUGUGGGAUUUGGUUCAGCUGUCCCAGUGGGACUUGCACCCAAAGACCCCCUUGUAACAGAUGGUCUCCUGAGGACGUUCCCUUUUUGCGUAGCCACUGCUGAUCACUGAACAUAACGUAUUGUUUUUUUUUUCUGUAUUUAUGAUAGCUAGUUGGCAAAGUAUUUAAUAAAACUAUUUU